AUGCAUAACAAACAUACCCUAAAAAUGCCGUCAACCCGUGAACUGAAACGCUAGCUCUUAACGAAGGAAUCGCUGUUUCAUCCCUCUCAGCGUUGUCCUGCACAGGAGAUUGAGGGAGGGGGAAAGAGAGGAUGUUGAGGUUGAAAGUGUUUGGGCACGCGCUCAAAUCCAAUAUCACUCAAAACCCUAAUACUAAACGCGGUCUCCCUCUUCUUCCGGAUGGUCGAUGUAGGGCUUUCUGCACUGCUGGCUCUGAGCAGCAACAACAACAAGAGGAAGGAGCUUCUUCGCCAGUGGAUCCUUUUCUGCAACCACCUCCUAAAGGUCUAACGUAUGGAAGGUUGACUGGCUUCGGUCGAAAUGCAUUGAAAACGGAUCUCAUCCAUUUCUUUGAUGGGUGUAAUUUGACUGUUGAGGAUAUCAAAGUUGAGUACAAUAGGACAUUCGUUCCGCUUGGCAUGUUAUUGCAGUUCCCUUCAAGGUCUGCUUUUGAUACUGCAACAAGACUAGUAUUUAGGAGAGGUCGUUUGUAUCGGUUGGACAAGGUGGAUCGUGGUCAGUGGGACAUUGUGACUCCAUAUGAUGGAAAAGUUCUAUUGUUUCAAGGCAUUCCACGUCAGGCUUUCCCAGAGGAUGUGGAGCGGUUUCUUUCUGGAUGCCGCUAUGAUGGUUCAGAUUUACAACUGCUCAUGAGGCCGGGGUUCCCAGAUCCUAUACGUUUAGCCCUUGUCCGCUUCCCAACUCAGCUGGAUGCAAUGAAUGCACUUCGAAUGAAGAACCGUGGCUUCUGUAUCAACAGUCCCAUUACUGCAAGGAUUCUUCAGUGAACCCGAUCACCUGAUUUCUGUUUUCUUUAUUUAUAUUCAAGUGAUAUCUUAUGUACUUUUUGUAAUAGUUUCUCGAUUUUGAUAAUAUCAGAUAGUUUAGUACACCUGGUGUGGCUUCUGUUCUUUUCUUGGCACUUGUGUAAAUGGUUAGCUUUCGUCUCAACAGAUUGGUUUCAUCAGACUUCCAAUUAUAUAUCUUUGUUACAUAACACAAUGGUAUAUCUGGACCAGGCAUCAAUGUUUAGUCCUUUAUGUAUCGCA